UUAAAGGCAACUGAAUAACGAAAUUAAUAUUAUUAAAACAGUACCACAUUCUUGUAAUAUAUAUAUUUUUAAUUUAAACGAAAUAAUUGAUUGAUUUUAAUAAGAUGCGCCUGUUCUACUGCGUACAGAAAAAAAAUGUUCUGAAUCUCACUAAUAACUUGGAAGUUUAAAAUGAAAACGAAUUUAGUAAACAAUAAAUAUGUCCGGAUAUGAUUGGGAAAAGAUUGUUCUUUCUACCCUUAAAGACCAGCAAAAUGAAAAAAAUACUGACUACCGAUACAAUCCGAUGCAGUACACAUUUUAUUCGAUAGUAAAUUCUAGCGUUGGUAUGGACCAAGGAUCUUAUGCUGCGGCGAUAGCUCUCAGUUUUAAAAACAUACAUAAUACAGUGGAUGAUGAUGAACAGAAACGCGAAUUUUUGGAAAAAUGGAAAGAAACUGGAGAAAAAAUUAUUGUACUAAAAGCCUGCAAUCAAAAACAUUUAAAAUAUCUUAAAAGAGAAUUGCAAUAUGUCGCAUUAGCCACGCAUACUCUCUCACAAUAUUAUGGAACAACAUGCAUCGCUUUAGUACUAACUGUCUUUGGGCGACAAGAUAAUCUCCACAAAUGGCUGGAUGGUUUACCAGUUUUGAAAUAGGAAAUAAAAUUUCGUCACAUUCUAUUCAAGACGGUAAACUACCAUCAGGCGAUCACAAAAUAUUUUUGUUGGAAAUGUAGGAAUUCGUGCUGGAAGACAAUAAUCAUUUCCUUUAGGAUGUUUCUUUCUUUUAAACAAAAUACAUUAAGUGAUUUUGAAUUGGAAACGUUCCAAAUGAAACAGUUUUAGAUUUGGUAAAAUGUUGAGAAAAGGGCAAUAUUUCGAA